AUGGACAGUAUUUUGACCAAUCGGUGUUUAACGCCGGUAAGCAAUCACGAGACCUUCAAUUUGGUUGGUGGUUCUAAAUCAUUGACCUCUGCAGAGACCAGGAAAAACUCUGACGAAAGGUCUUCUAUAUCAAUUCCUUCACCACCCUUGUCUCCUUACCAGAGGUCGUUAGACGUCGAAAGAGACCACAAGAUCUUUGACGUUGUGGGAAGAAGCAAUGAUCAAAUUGUUGGUGAUUUUGAAGAACCAGCAACAAAGACUCAAACGGAACAAUUAGAGGAAGGCAAACCUGACGAUGCUCCAAAAAUUUCUUCUUCAGUGCUGUUGUCUAACCAGACAUUUCCUAUCAAGGAUUUGACGAAUGCAAAGCUUACCGUCAAUGCCUGGGCCUCCAUUAACAGUGGAGAUUCUUCUUUCAAGGAAAAUCAAUUAGUUUUUCUUGACAGCUAUUAUAACAUCAUCGAUACCAGAAAAAAGAGAGCUCCCAGGAGGAAAUAUCCAACUGCUCAACCAAGAAGAAGAGUCUUCUUCUCAGCAUCAGAAAGUGAGACUCCAAACGAGAGAGUCAGAACCAGAAGAGUCAUUAGAGACAACGUUAAGUAUUCUGACUAUGAAUCAGAGGUGGAAAUAUCAAGGCCUUCCACGCCAAAGAGAUCUACGAAGAGAGUCAGUAAACCUUCCACUCCACAACCGCAAUUUUACUCUGAUUAUGAGUCGAUUCCUGAUUAUUCACCACCAUUGUCAACUCUUCCCCCGAAUAACACCAAAGCUUUAAAAGCAGAGUGGAAGGGACAACCUAUGAAUCUAUCAGAUGAUCCUUUAGUUGGCAAACUUCAUCCAGCUGAGGUCACUCUAGCUUCCGUAUUGAGACUCCCUUGCAAUGUCUAUCUGGAUUCCAAGAGGAGACUAUUUUCUGAGAAAGUUAGUCGAUUCCGCCUUGGUCUUCCAUUCAGAAGAACUGACGCUCAAAAAGCUUGCAAGAUUGACGUGAAUAAAGCAAGUCGUUUAUUUGCUGCUUUUGAAAAAGUUGGCUGGUUGGACGACUAUCAUUUCAGAAAGUUUCUCGAUAUGUGA